GAUUGAUAGAAAAUGGUCAGCUGGAAGUGGUCAGUGGUGGAUGGGUGAUGUCGGACGAGGCUGUUAGUCAUUACACAUCAAUGCUUGACCAGAUGAUUGAAGGACAUUUAUGGCUUCAUUCAAAUUUAGGUCAGCUAAGAAACUUAAUUCUGGCAUCUUUUUUUUCUUUUAUUUAAGAAUUUUAAUGUUGAUCAUUAUUAUGUUCCACAACAUCAAUGAUGUACCCUAGUUGCAUUCAAAUCAAAUGAUGUGUAUAACAAUAAUAUUAUGUUCCAUGUCAUCUAUGAUGUACCCUAGUUGCAUUCAAAUCAAAUGAUGUGUAUAACAAUAAUAUUAUGUUCCAAUUCAUCUAUGACGUACCCUAGUUGCACUCAAAUCAAAUGAUGUGUAUAACAAUAAUAUUAUGUUCCAUGUCAUCUAUGAUGUACCCUAGUUGCACUCAAAUCAAAUGAUGUGUAUAACAAUAAUAUUAUGUAUCAAUUCAUCUAUGACGCACCCUAGUUGCACCCAAAUCAAAUAAUGUGUAUAACAAUAAUAUUAUGUUCCAUGUCAUCUAUGAUGUACCCUAGUUGCACUCAAAUCAAAUGAUGUGUAUAACAAUAAUAUUAUGUAUCAAUUCAUCUAUGACGCACCCUAGUUGCACCCAAAUCAAAUAAUGUGUAUAACAAUAAUAUUAUGUUCCACAUCAUCUAUGAUGUACCCUAGUUGCACCCAAAUCAAAUGAUGUGUAUAACAAUAAUAUUAUGUUCCACAUCAUCUAUGAUGAACCCUAGUUGCAGCCAAAUCAUAUGAUGUGUAUAACAAUAAUAUUAUGUUCCAUAUCAUCUAUGAUGUACCCUAGUUGCACUCAAAUCAAAUGAUGUGUAUAACAAUAAUAUUAUGUUCCAACACAUCUAUGAAUUACCCUAGUUGCAUUCAAAUCAAAUGAUGUGGAUAAGUAUAACAAUAAUAUUAUGUUCCAAGUCAAAUAUGAUGUACCCUAGUUGCAUUCAAAUCAAAUAAUCUGUAUCACAAUAGUAUAAAUAAGAUAAUUCAAAUAAGAUUCAUUUCUUGGAUGUUUAUUCUCAGGUAUCACACCCAACGUGUCUUGGUCCGUUGACCCCUUCGGCCACUCCCCUACAAUGACCUACAUGUUGAAUGGAGCACAGAUCCAUCAUAUGGUCAUCCAGAGAACCCAUUUCGCAAUCAAGCGACACUUUGCUAAAUUGAAAAAUCUUGAAUUUUUUUGGAGGCAAGCCUGGGGUAUGCAAUAG